GACUCAUUUUGUGAUAGCGGCUUGCACGCUUUGGGAAUUUCCUCUGACACCAUCGAAACACGGUGCUGCCUCGCACACCCCAGGACGGUAUAUAAGAGGGUUGGUUACACAGCUCAGACAUCAGAAACCUCCCGAGACAACAGGAGAGAUCACUGCUCCUUCCUAGCAAGCAGAGCCAGAAGAAUCCAGGAGGGAAGCUCGCCUCGCCUCUCAUCAUGAACAGCAAGUUGGUUGUUGCUGUCUUGGCUCUUUUCCUAAUCUACGCAGCGGUGUCAGAAGGGGUGAGUCUGGCAAGGAUGGGGAACGAGCUCCGAUGCCAGUGCAUCGACUUGCAUUCCAAGUUCAUCCCUCCCAGGAGCAUUCGAGAUGUGAAGCUGACCCCGAGCGGACCUCACUGCCAGAACACUGAAAUCAUCGCUACUCUCAAGGAUGGCAGAGAAGUGUGCUUGGAUCCCACUGCUCAAUGGGUGAAGAUCAUCAUUAAAGCAAUUUUGGACAAAGCUCAAGCCAAUGCUGAGGCAAAACGCUAAGAGAAACCAAAGAAGAAAAAUCUGAGGUUCUCCUCCAGUUUCCCCUUGAAGGAAACAUCUCUGUGAAAAUGCCAGUCCAUCUGCAAGCAGCCCACCUCCUUCUGUUCACAUGUUCUCAGGCAGACUGCAGAUAGCAGUAUCUAUUUUCUAUUUAUGUAUUUAUUUAUUGAGGUGCUUCAUUUUAGGAGAGUUUUUUUUUUUUUUUAAAGAAAAGGCUCAGUUGUGCAUGGGAUAUGCCACUUUCUGAAGCUGAAAGCUCUGGAUGGGGAAAAGUGAUUUGCUGAGGGAAAUGAAGACCCUUUGGAAACCACUGAAGCUGAACAGGGCUGUAUGAGUGCAAUGCACUUGCAGCACAGCUGUAUCUAUUGUAAGCCUGGCUCUUACCCUGUUAGAGCAGCAAACUGGCACCAGUUACCCCUCCCCUGCACUGGUAUGUUGCAUCAACAGCACCAUGAGUCAGAGCCAGCCUGAGGCUGGCUACUGCCUGGGGUUCUAUGGCUUUCCGAAAUGAAGCAGCAAAGCGCUGUUAUUUGGGGAGCAUUAUUUAUUGUGCUAUAGCACAUCAAUGUUUUUAUCUCUCGCGCACUAUUUAAAAAAGUAAUAUUUGAGUAGGAAAACAAACUAUUUAUUUAAGUGAUUUUUGAUUCAUCUGGAUUCUAAUAUAGAAUAUUUCACAUUCCUGCUGUUGUGUGUUAGGAUUUUAUGUUAAUUUUAUGUUAAUUUAUCUAUUUUAUUCAAUGAAUGGAAAAAUUGUUGAAACUCAUGUUGCAAUUUUUUUUAUUCCUGUGCACUUUGGAAUUCAAUCAUUUUUACAUUAAACUAU